CGCAUUGAUAAGGUAAGAAAAUGUGAUAACGUAGAGAAAAAUUUGAAGUUUUAAUUUAAUUAGUUGUAAUGAGUAAAUUUAUUCCAAUAAUAAAUUCCCAAUUUACACCAACGUAAUAAUAUCCUUGUAGUUUUCCAUUUUUUUCGUCUUCAAUCCGUUUAUUAUAGUACUACCAUCCUGAAACAUUGAACCCAUCAUUUUGAAAAUGAAUACCCUCUAGAAUGGUCCGAUCUAAUUACCUGAACCUAAGAGCUAAACAACUUCACAAUAUCCGACAAUAUCUGAUGAAUUUUCAUGAAUACGAUCACUACUGGUACAUGAUAGGAUAAGAAGUAAUAUGGAGAAUUUGGUGCUGAUCGAAUAUUUUUUAUAUGAAUUGUUCGUCUAACCAAAAGUAGUGUUUCUGAAGUGUUCAUUUAUGCAGUUGUUUUAUCGGGUAAAAAGUGAUGUGCAUUGAUCUUCUCAUUCAAUAUGCAACAGGUUUUAGCUGAAGAAAACGAAGAGGAUAGUGAUUACAGCACUGUUCCCAUUGUCUGCAUCACCAUUCCAUUACGGCUAACAAUACAACAAAAUAAUUGGGAUUGUGGAAUAUCUUGUAUUGCAAUGGUUUUGUCUGAUGAUAAAUUGGCAUAUUUUAAUAAACAUAAGGAAGACAUCAUCACCGAAGAAGGAAUCGAAUUUAACACCUGGACUAUUGAUUUAGCCUAUCUAUUGAAGAAAUUCGAUUUGAAGUUUAAAUAUUAUACUUCUACUAUUGGUAUAUGUCCAAUAUAUUAUCAGCAUAGAUAUUACAAUAGCCUGUUACCAAAUGACGAAACUCGAGUGAAUAAGAAAUUUGAAAAUGCCAAAAGAAAUGGUAUUUCGAUAGUCGUGAAAAUUCUUCACAUAUCCAAACUAAUUCAUCAUUUAUCCGAUUGUGGUCCAAUAAUUGUGCUCACGAAUGCCAAUUUAUUGACUUGUGACGUUUGCAAUAAAAAGGGGGACUCCGUAUCUUCUGUUACGUUACCGUAUCAAGGCCAUUAUGUAGUUAUUGUUGGGUAUUCGUUUCUCACCAACGAUAUUUUAUACAAAAACCCAUCAGGAAAUCACGAUGUUUGCAGAAUGUCAUUCACGCAAUUUGACUCGGCAAGGCAUAGUUUUGGAACUGAUGACGACGUGAUACUAAUCUUCUGAGCUCACUCACGGCGGAACUUACAUUUCUUCAUUUCCUUACCAUUUUAUUGAACGUGUGGUGUACUUUUUUACGAUAUGUUCAAUUUUUUUAUAUUUACAUGUUUCAAGAUCUGCGUAUUAUUGUUAUUUUUGAGAAUAGUUUUUUAAAUGCUGUUGUAUUUUAUACGUAAAAAAUUUCUAUUCAUUAACACUUGA